AUGCCAAAAAGGAGGUGUGUUUUUGCUCCUAAUUUAAAAUCCGAAUUUCAUUUUUUAAAAGAUGCUGAUGAAGUUGGAAAAGUGUUUUGUACAAUAUGUAAAUCGGUAUUUUCUAUAGAACACGGUGGACUUUCAGAUAUAAAACACCAUACCACAAAAGUGAAAAAACAUGUAUUGGCGUUAUCAGCUGCAUAAAAAAAUAAAUAAACUUCUUUUUUUUUAAAAGAGUAAUCCGAGUGGAUCCACUGACGAAAGUAGACGUACCGCGUGGAUUGCACAUAAUCUCUUUUAAAACAAAUUUAUAAUAAAAAAUUCACUUGUGCUCGAACUAAGGCUGAAUCGAUUGUUUUAAAUGUGCUAGCUCCUUCGCCAUGCAACAGAUUUGUAAGGAAUUAGAAAAUAUGAAUUUUACUAUAAUCAUGAUAGAUACUGCUAACCAUAAAAAUCUGAAAAUCGUACCCAUUUUAAUACGUUAUUUUAANCAAUACUAACUUUGGAGGUGUUUUACGAAUAGGAACAAAAAUUGUUUUUUCAAUUUUAAAUAAUAAUUUAAAAACGAAUAUUUAUGGCAUAGGUUGCGCUGCUCAUAUUUUGCAUAACGCAAUUCAAUCAAGUGCUGAUGUGUUACCUAUUGAUGUAGAAAUUAUAGUGAACAAAAUUUUUCAAUUUUUUCAUAUCUAUACAGUUCGAGUUGAACAUUUGAAAGAGUUUUGCGAAUAUGCAAAUGUCGAAUAUAAAAAUAUACUUGGAAGUGUAAAAACUCGUUGGCUAUCUUUAUUACCGGGCAUAACAAGAAUUAUUGAUAUUUACCCAGGUUUAAAAUUAUACUUCGAAGAACAGGAAAAGUGUCCAACAAUUUUAAAAUCUUUUUUUAAUGAUCCUAUAUCUAAAGUAUGGUUUUAUUUUUUGCAAAGCCAAUUAAAAGUUGUUUGUAAUACUGUGAUAAAAAUAGAAGGAGAUAAAAAAUCAACAUGUAAAGUUGCAGAGGAAUUAAAGAUUUUGGUUGAAAAAAUAAAAAAUAGAAAAAAUCAAAAUUUUCUUACAUCAAAUAUUUUAUCGAUGUUAAAUGAUUUGAAAAACAAUAAUAUGUAUGAUCAAAACUCAUUCAAAAAAAGUACUGAUCUAUUUUAUAAUACUUUUUUAUCUUACAUAGAAAAAUGGGGUUGCCAUUUUGACGAGUUAAAAGUAUUUCGUUAGGUUCAAUUAAUAAAUUGCCCUACUUGGGAAAAUGUUCAAAAAUGUUUCCGAUUUCUUAUAGAAAAAAACCAAAAUAAUUCGAACUUAAAACUGGAUGAAGAUCAUUUAUCUGAUUUAAUUCAGUCAUGUUGAACAAGUUUUUCAAUCACGAAUAAAUGAAUGGUAAAAAAGUUCAGUUAAAUUGGAAGUUAAGUGGUGUGAAAUAUUUGAGUACACUAAAGCUCAUAACAUUGACACAACUAACAUAUCAGCAAUUUUAGAAUAUGCUUUAGCAAUGCCGGGUACAAAUGCUGCAAUAGAAAGGAUUUUUUCUACCAUUAAUGUCUUAUGGNUCGAACUUAAAACUGGAUUAAGAUCAUUUGUUUGAUGGAAUCAGUCAUAUUGAACAAGUUUUUCAAUCACGAAUAAAUGAAUGGCAAAAAAGUUCAGCUAAAUUGGAAGUUAAGUGGUGUGAAAUAAUUGAGUACACUAAAGCUCAUAACAUUGACACAACUAACAUAUCAGCAAUUUUAGAAUAUGCUUUAGCAAUGCCGGGUACAAAUACUGCAGUAGAAAAGAUUUUUUCUACCAUUAAUGUCUUAUGGACGGACGAAAAAAAUCGUUUUUUAGUUGAAACUAUAAAAUCAAUUAUCGAUAACGAUGUUGGUAAUUGA